CGCGGGAUAAAGCGGGGCCGGACCUCGGCGCCCGCCAGGUCCCGAGCCCAGCGCCCUUGAUGGCGGCGCCGGUGGCCGAGGCGAGGCAGCCGCGGCGCUAGGGUCCCCGCCCGCCCGCUCGGCCUCGAUGGAGACUAUGGGCGCGGGCCGCCUGCUGGCCGUGGUGCUCGCGCUGCUCCAGGGCGCGCUGAUCCGGCCCUCAGCCCCGGAGCCGUUCCCCUCAGCCGUCACGAUCAAGUCCUGGGUGGACCGGAUGCAGGAAGACUUGGUCACGCUGGCGAAAACAGCAAGUGGCGUCACCCAGCUCGUUGACAUUUAUGAGAAAUACCAAGACUUGUAUACUGUGGAGCCAAAUAAUGCCCGCCAGCUGGUGGAGAUUGCAGCCAGGGAUAUUGAGAAGCUCCUGAGCAACAGAUCGAAAGCCCUGGAGCGCCUGGCUUUGAAAGCAGAGAAAGUGCAAGCAGCCCACCAGUGGCGGGAGGACUUUGCAAGCAAUGAAGUUGUCUACUACAAUGCUAAGGAUGAUCUUGAUUCUGAAAAAAAUGACAGUGAGCCAGGCAGCCAGAGGAUUAAGCCUGUUUUUGUUGAAGACGCUAAUUUUGGAAGACAAAUAUCCUACCAGCAUGCAGCAGUCCAUAUUCCCACCGACAUCUACGAGGGCUCAACAAUAGUGUUGAAUGAACUCAACUGGACAAGUGCCUUAGAUGAAGUUUUCAAGAAAAACCGAGAGGAGGACCCUACCUUGCUGUGGCAGGUGUUUGGCAGUGCCACUGGCCUGGCCCGCUACUACCCAGCUUCUCCGUGGGUAGACAGUAGAACUCCAAACAAGAUUGAUCUUUAUGAUGUACGCCGGAGACCAUGGUACAUCCAAGGGGCAGCGUCUCCCAAGGACAUGCUCAUUCUGGUGGACGUGAGCGGGAGCGUCAGUGGCCUGACUCUGAAGCUGAUCCGAACGUCUGUCUCUGAAAUGCUGGAAACGCUCUCAGAUGACGACUUCGUGAACGUAGCUUCCUUUAACAGCAAUGCUCAGGAUGUAAGCUGCUUUCAGCACCUGGUCCAAGCAAAUGUAAGAAAUAAGAAAGUGUUGAAAGACGCAGUGAAUAACAUCACAGCAAAAGGAAUAACAGAUUACAAGAAAGGCUUCAGUUUUGCUUUUGAACAGUUGCUUAAUUAUAACGUUUCCAGAGCCAACUGCAAUAAGAUCAUCAUGUUGUUCACGGAUGGAGGAGAAGAGAGAGCACAGGAGAUAUUUACCAAAUAUAAUAAAGACAAAAAAGUUCGCGUGUUCACAUUUUCCGUGGGUCAGCACAACUACGACCGAGGACCCAUCCAGUGGAUGGCCUGCGAAAACAAAGGUUAUUAUUAUGAAAUUCCAUCCAUUGGAGCAAUAAGGAUUAAUACUCAGGAAUAUCUGGACGUACUAGGAAGACCGAUGGUUUUAGCGGGAGAAAAAGCUAGAAAAGUCCAGUGGACAAAUGUGUACUUGGAUGCGCUGGAACUGGGACUCGUCAUUACUGGAACUCUUCCGGUCUUCAACAGAACCGGCCAGUCUGAAAAUGAGACAAAUUUAAAGAACCAGCUGAUUCUUGGUGUGAUGGGUGUCGAUGUCUCUUUGGAAGACAUUAAGAGACUGACACCACGCUUCACGCUAUGCCCCAAUGGCUAUUAUUUUGCAAUUGAUCCUAAUGGUUAUGUGUUGCUGCAUCCAAAUCUUCAGCCAAAGCCUAUUGGUGUAGGGAAACCAACAGUUAACGUAAGACAAAGAAGACCCAAUGUGCAGAACCCCAAAUCUCAGGAACCAGUCACUUUGGACUUCCUGGAUGCAGAGCUGGAGAAUGAUAUAAAAGUGGAGAUUCGAAAUAAAAUGAUAGACGGAGAAAGUGGAGAAAAAACUUUCAGAACUCUAGUAAAAUCUCAAGAUGAGAGAUACAUUGACAAAGGCAACAGGACCUACACGUGGACCCCAGUCAAUGGGACAGACUACAGUUUGGCCUUGGUAUUACCAACCUACAGUUUUUACUAUAUAAAAGCCAAAAUAGAGGAGACAAUAACUCAGGCCAGAUCAAAAAAGGGAAAAAUGAAGGAUUCAGAAACCCUGAAACCAGAUAACUUUGAGGAAUCUGGCUACACAUUCAUAGCCCCAAGAGAUUACUGCAAUGACCUUAAACCAUCUGAUAACAACACUGAAUUCCUUUUAAAUUUCAAUGAGUUUAUUGACAGAAAAACUCCAAACAACCCAUCAUGUAAUACAGAUUUGAUUAAUAGAGUCUUGCUGGAUGCAGGUUUUACAAAUGAACUUGUCCAAAAUUACUGGAGUAAGCAGAAAAACAUCAAGGGAGUGAGAGCACGGUUUGUUGUGACUGAUGGUGGGAUUACCAGAGUUUAUCCCAAAGAGGCUGGAGAAAAUUGGCAAGAAAACCCAGAAACCUAUGAGGACAGCUUCUACAAGCGGAGCCUGGAUAAUGAUAACUAUGUUUUCACAGCCCCCUACUUUAAUAAAAGUGGACCUGGUGCCUAUGAGUCAGGCAUUAUGGUAAGCAAAGCUGUAGAAAUAUAUAUCCAAGGAAAAUUCCUUAAGCCUGCAGUUGUUGGAAUUAAAAUUGAUGUGAAUUCCUGGAUAGAGAAUUUCACCAAAGCCUCAAUCAGGGAUCCGUGUGCUGGUCCAAUUUGUGACUGCAAAAGAAACAGUGAUGUAAUGGAUUGUGUGAUUCUAGAUGAUGGUGGAUUUCUUUUGAUGGCAAAUCAUGAUGAUUAUACGAAUCAGAUUGGACGAUUUUUUGGAGAGAUCGACCCCAGCCUGAUGAGACACCUGGUUAAUAUACCAGUGUAUGCUUUUAACAAAUCUUACGACUAUCAGUCAGUGUGCGAGCCAGGUGCAGCCCCGAAGCAAGGAGCCGGACAUCGCUCGGCACACGUGCCCUCCAUAGCAGACGUGCUGCAGAUCGGCUGGUGGGCCACCGCUGCUGCCUGGUCUAUUCUCCAGCAGUUUCUCCUGAGUUUGACCUUUCCUGGGCUCCUGGAAGCAGUGGACGUGGAGGAGGAGGACUUCACAGCCUCCCUGUCCAAGCAGAGCUGCAUCACUGAGCAAACCCAGUACUUCUUCUACAAUGACAGCAAGUCCUUCAGCGGCAUCCUGGACUGCGGGAACUGCUCCAGAAUCUUUCACGUAGAAAAGCUUAUGAACACCAACUUAAUGUUCAUAAUGGUCGAGAGCAAAGGGUCCUGUCCCUGUGACACUCGGCUGCUCAUCCAGGCGGAGCAGACGUCUGAUGGUCCAAAUCCUUGCGAUAUGGUUAAGCAACCCAGAUACCGAAAAGGGCCAGAUGUCUGCUUUGACAACAGUGAGAUGGAGGAUUAUUCCGACUGUGGUGGUGUUUCUGGAUUAAGAUCCUCCCUGUGGUCUGUUCUCGGACUCCAGUUUCUACUCCUCUGGCUUGUAUCUGGCAGCAGACACUACCUAUUGUGACCUUCUGAAACCAAAACCACGGAAUUAAACUCCAGACCCUGCCAAAACAGGAGUCUGAGAUGACAUUAAAGUAGGGACACGCGUGGAGUCAGCCAAACACGAGCUGCGCCUGUCCCAUGGCAUCUCUGAGACACAGAACCUGGGGCCCCCAGUGGCUGCAUGUCGGGGGUCUACCCUCAGCCUCAUGUGAACGCUGCACCAUGGUAUAGAACAUCCAAGCAGAGACUCUGUGUGCUCCGCUGGGUAACAGGAGUUGUUGCAUUGCUGGUGAGCAUGUGUCAGAGGGCUCCCCACACGACUGUUUGUCAUAGGGGACGUCUUGAUUUUGGCCUAAAAUUUCAACUUGCUGCAGAUUUACCAAGAAAAUCUGUAAGUGGGGGAAAGGGAUAGUUAUUUUUGCCUUCAUUUAUUCUUCUGUUAAACGUUAAAUCCUGCUUUGAGUAGUUCCCUGACUGUAGAGGAAUGGAGAAAGAAGGAAAGGGAAUUCACAGUGCUCUGAGCUGCUGAAAUAUGAAUAAUGGCUAAUUUUCUACAAAACUUUUGCCGGGAAUAAAAUGCCUUAUGCAGAAUGACUUCUCUGCCAGAAAUAAAACACAAUUGAUGACCAAUUAAAUGGGGUAGUGAAUUGAUAGUUUGAAAAUAAUAGCUAAGAAAUUAUUAAACUAAAGAUGCUUGAGGGUGAAAUUUGAAUACGUGACAUAUUUUCUCAUAAAUGUAAGCCCUAUAAAGCUCUGAUGUAAUGUUCCUUCUUUUGGUUCACAGUACGGUUAUGCAGUGCUAGCCAGGUAUUUAAAAAAGCUCUAAGAGAAGCUUGUUGGGGGGAGGGAAAGUGUUUUUCUCGUGAUAAAUGAACUUGGGUCACCAAGGGUAUUUUGCAUGAUGCUCCUGCUGCUAUUUUAACUUUUUGGUUUGUUUUUCUCUUAUUGUAGAGUGUAGUCUAUUGAAAAGUUACCCAAGUGACAUUAUUGUCAUGUAAGAAUAUGAAACUUGCAGUUAAAUGCACUUAAGUUAUCUUUAGAAAUGUCAUUAAACUACUCUGAAUAUACUGUGCAAUGUAAAUGCGGAAUGAGAGGGUUAGGUAAUGGCAAAAUGAGAAUUAAUGGAUUUUAUACAGAUUCGUGCUUCUGCCUGAAAACCCAUGUACAGAUAUUUUAAGUACAUAAAUCAGAUUUAACACAUUUAUUUUUUGAAAAGUACAUAUAUGUUCUCAGUGAAGCUACACCCUAGGUUCCCUGUUUGUUCAUUUCACAGGAGGGUGGACGAUCCCGGCUCUACUUUUUUCCUCCAUUUUCGAUGCUGUGAUCAUUUGGCCAAAAUCCCAUGACAUUUGAUGAGGGUUUUGUAACAAUCUGAACAAAUAGGAAACCUUGAAUCUCUACAAAUGCACAUGAACACUUGAUUGUGAAUAAUGACAUUUGUUUUUAUACAGCCUCAUUAGUGAAAAUGGUUAGUGUAGUAAAUCAGAUAUUUCAUUAUAGAUUAAUAUGGUAUCAAAAUAUUAUUUAUGCUUUUAAACAUUAUUUCCAGGAAAAAACAGUGUUUGAAGAAAGGGCGAAAACAAUGAAUGGGUAACUCUAGGAAAAGUGCAUAAUUUUACCGAAGGCUGAAAGUAUGCAGAUAUAUUUAUGAUAAAAUGCAUUUUUCUUUAUUCAAACAUGCCAAAUUUUGGUGUGUGCAUAUGCUGGGAAAUUUCUUAUAUAUAAUUUUAACAUCAAAGUUAUUUACAUUACCCAGCAUGCUUUCAUAUCUUCUACAUAUCAAAAUCAUAGCCAAUUCUUUAGCAAUGUUGAAGAUACAUUUUUUUUUUGUUUUUAGUUUUGCAUAUGUUUAUAAUCCCCUCGUACCACCACUGUAUCCCAAGUACCAUGUGUGAACACUUCCUUAAUAAGAUUUUUUUAAUUUAAAAUGGGGGAAGGGAGAAGUGGAAUCACUUUGCCAACUAUUGUUCUAAGAGUUGACAUCAGUUACCAUUUCUAAUGCAUUGUAAUUUUCUAGUCUACUCAUAACUUGUAUUGAUGUUUUAGAAAACACCAAAGUGAUUUAAAAACAAGUUAUAAUAUGUUUAAAUCACGUUGUUUGUUAAUUAGAUAUUUAAAUCUUACUGUUAACUUUUGCAGAAUUUUAAAUCAUGAAAGUGUUGGGAAGGGGAUAUCAAAAAUAUAAAUUGUUAGUUUAUGUAAAUAAGUGACGCACAUUAAAACAAACAGUUGCUUCCAGCAUACAACAAACUACCUUAAGAUUGCGUUUAAAGUCCAUUAAAUAUAUUUUCCUGGCCCAUGUCACUUAUAUAGUAUGUUUUCAUCAGCUGCAUUAUUGUUGUGUUAAUCGCAUUUAACCUCAGCGUACCUCGGCAGGGCUCCGUUUGAUUACAGUUCUGUAUCAUAACAGCCACUUACAGGGUAGAAAAUUGGGUAAGAACUUGCUCUUGGACUAAAAAUUGUUUCCAGAAUCAAUACUAGUCAUCCUGGGUUUGGCGUACUCUUUUUCAAAAGACAAUAGCACUCAUUCCACCAAGUUGCUACAUUAAAUGUACUGUUUUUCUAUGAAUUCUGUUGAUAGAAAUCUCAAAGUCUGAUAUUAAUAUUGAUUUUCAGGGCCGGGGCUUUAGCUCAGUGGUUUUGCUGCCUGCUGCGCAAGCGCAAGGACCCGAGUUCGAUCCCCGGUACCCACCCACCCCCAAAAUUGAUUUUCAAAGACUGAGCAGUAUAAUAGAUCCAUGAAAAGGCUUUUGAACCUUUUAUUACAUAUUUAGUUUGUGCUGUGCUCACGCAGCUGAACGUAGUGUGUCACUGCAGCUGCGUCACAAUGAGUCUUGGCUUUGUCCUCAGCCACAGGAUGGAGGUUUGCAUUCAUCAUUUCUUUCUCUUCUCCUCACGUGAACAACCAGCAUUACUGCCAGACGCCAAUCGUGGUCCACUUUGUAAAAGGUUUUUAACAUGACAUAGUUAGCAAGUUUGAUUGAAGAGAUUUUUAGGUCCUGGGCUUAUACGAUUUUAGUACAAUCUUUUUUCAUGUUUCUAAUGCUUGAGGAGUUAUUGAUUAACUUGGACAACAAACAGAGCAAAACAGUGUUGCUGCCAUUUGUAAGUUUCCUAUACAAUAUUCCUUUUAUUAACUUUAAAACUGGCCUUACGGGGUUCAAAUAGGCAGUACCCCUUUUAAGUGACCUUUGCAAUCCAAGUGUUACUUGCUUAUUUGAUGCUCUCUCUCGUAACUUUACAUCUCCUUUAAAUCUUUGUCUUGUCUUCAUCAAAGUUUAAAUUCUAUGUCUUAAUUUAAAACUCUCAAGCAAUUCCAUCAAUCAUGUUAGUUGACAUUAAAAUGUCGAAAGAUGUAGAGUCUAACCUGGCGAGAGAAAAUGGAUUUUGUGACUUUUUCACUUGCCCCAAAUUUCAAUAUUUCAUUAUUAUCUGGACCUUGUAUUGUUUCUCAUAGCAGAAUGUUAAUAUUGUUCAUAUUCAAUAUACAUUUCUGUAAAGAGCAUAUCACCAAACAAAAGUAUCGAGUGUUGACAAUUUACAGAAUUUGGAAGAUUUAGACAAGCCCUUACCAAUUGCUUCACCUACCUUAUUUCUAGUUCACAUCAAAGCAAUUAUCUCAGAGAAAUUCUGCUGAGUAAUGGGCCACUGUCUUGGAUAGAUGCCAGUUGAGAAGCUUGGAGAAGCUGUCCUUUCUGUUGUGUUGUGUGAUUGUUGGAUCAUGCUUUUAGGGAUUCUUUCAAUGAAAUGCUCAAUGUGCAUCCCUGAAAAAGGCCAAGUGGCUUUUGUGAAAAAUAGACCCCCCCCAUUAUGUUCUCUUGACAUUUUUGUGGAAGUUAACUAGCCUGUUAAAAACAUUUUGUAAAAAUUUGUAUAAUACUGUUAUAAAAAUAUUUAUAAUCCCAGAAAAUGUUGUGUUAAAUCUUGUGCAAAAACAGUAUAUUCAGAAUAAAAGUUUAUCAUUUACAGUCA